AGUUAACUGGUAAUAGGAUUGUUAUUUCUUGCAUUUGGAUAUAGGUAGAGACGCUGUGAAGAAGAGAACUGUACUUCCAGAUAAAAAGGUGAAUAUAAAAUUUCUUAGGUCAUAGAGUGGGAGUUGGAAGAAUCCAGGGAUUUCAAGUUUUGAGUAAUGGGCAUCUUACAAGAUUACCACAGCUAAACUGAAAAGACAGAUGCAGCUCUGAGUACCAGAUUGGUGUAUGCACUGCAUAUACAUGAAAACGCACAUGUUUUUGUCAUCACAUAGACUUGCUCUGGCAUAUUCCUGAGAGCUUUGCAAUUGAUGAAAAUUAAUUUGAGAACCAGAUGGAGCACCUUUACAGCGCAGGAAUCAGUAAUCCAUGGAAAGACACCUGCCAGUAAUGUUCAACUUUCCACACGGUCUUCACGGGUGAAAAAAGUUUGCAAGAAGAGGAAGAAAAAACACCCUCUGCACAGAAAAAGUGUAAUAAAUACCUCCACAAUCUAAAUCAAUAGCUGUGAGGGAAACGGAAGAAUACAGUGGGCAGAGGAAACCGAUUUUGUUCUAGCAGAGGAGUAAUGUAUGGUCUUUGGCACGUUUUGCUUUGGGCUCAAUAGUUUGUGAAUGGACUAAUAAACCGUGACCUUAUGUUGAGUGAUGAUGACUAGAAGUAAAUAAGUUGAGGAACUAUGGGACAAGUCUGGGCAUUGAACUGAGCAAACCUUGCUGCCCUUCUUGAGUUAACCAGGUCAUCAAACUUGCAUAUUCUUUUUCCCUCUCCUUUUUCCUUUUCACUUAGUGUGAUAUAAAUACUAAUUAAUUGAGCUCAUAAAUGUUAUUCAAAUAAAACGAUUGGAAUACUUCAUAUGUUUCCUUCUUGUACAGCUGCAAAUGUUGUGUCUGGAACUAUGAAUCUGUGCUGUAGACAAGCAUCAAGAAGGAAAGAUCCAAUCAAACAAGCAAGGAAAAUACCUAGAGAAAUAGUGAACCCAGGAAGUCAGAGUUUUAAUGCUGCUUCUCUUUCUUUUUUAGACGGUUAUAUUUGUUCCUUCCUUGAAUUUUAGAAGAUUUUGAAAGAGUGCUUACUUGAUGUGCUUUAAUUCUGGCAUUUGUUUUUUAUGGUAGAAUGAGAAGUCUUUGAUUCCUUGUAGCAGAAAAAAAGGGAAAAGUAAAGGAAAGCCAGCUUGACGUUUUAGCCUGUUUCAGAGGAGAGAGAACUUCAUGGUUCACCUGAGGCAAACUUAUCUACUUUGAACGCUAAAAGCUUUAGAGCAUUUUUGAUUCUGCUAUAAAUGAAGAGGGGGUUCUUUUUCAUUCGUGUGUGGCAGCAAAAAGUGGGAAAGCAGGCAAGAUAGUGUGAUAAACAGUUCAGGCUGUGUUGGGUCUCUGGUGGAAAAAAAGUGCUGCAAUGAAAAUUGGAUUGGCUUUGGAUUGCAAAAACUUUUGAGUCCAACAAGCGGUUCAGAAUCAAGAGGGAUUUCCCAACUGGCCUGGCACACCAGUGCCUGCACAAGUUCGGGUCUGUUGUUUCACACGGUUUGUGUGCCUUUUUUUCCCUUUAUGCAAUCUCUUUCAGCUUUAGCAGCAGAAAUACAUCAGAUGGAAAAGAUAUGCCAGAGGGCAGCUUGGAAAAGAGGAAUGUCAUAUAUAUACAUAUAUAUGUAUGUGCGUGUGUUUCAAUUUCUGCAACUGAACUUUUGAAGAAAAUCUGACUGGAGGAAAUUCUAAAAGCCUUAAGUUACUUGAAACCUACACAUUUGCAACUCUUUGUCUCUGGAAUUGCAUUACGCUAAACUGGAAUCUCAGGCUGUAUAAAGAUUAUAUCAAGUUGAGCAAAAAGAUGACUUAACCAUUUCUUGAGAGCCUCUUAUGAAGUAGCUGUUUCUCCAAAGGAUAAGUGCACCCUCACUCUACAGACUGGAAAACAAAAAUGAACCUGAAUUUUUUUUUAAGUGUUACUUUUUCUUAGCCAACUGCCAUCAUCUUUUAUAGAGGAAUUUUUCACUAUGCAUUUGGUGGAUAUUUAUAAACACUGACCCCAUCCUCCUCCCUUUCAAUGAUCUAUCCCAGGUCAGUCUUAUCAAUAAAAAAAAAAAUUGAUUUAAAUUUUGUGCACUAAACAUAUUACUUUCGUAUGUCAAAAAAUAAAAUAUUUAAAAAGCAUGUAUGCAGCAGUGGAACAUGGGCCUGUUCUUUGCAGCGAUUCCAACAUCCUCUGCCUCUCCUGGAAAGGGAGAGUCCCCAAAAGUGAGAAGGAGAAACCAGUGUGCCGGAGGCGGUACUAUGAGGAAGGCUGGUUGGCAACAGGCAAUGGCAGAGGAGUUGUAGGCGUCACUUUUACUUCCAGCCAUUGCAGGAGGGACCGGAACACCCCUCAGAGAAUCAACUUCAAUUUGAGGGGCCACAACAGUGAGGUUGUGCUGGUGAGAUGGAACGAACCAUUCCAGAAAUUAGCAACCUGUGAUGCAGAUGGAGGAAUAUUUGUUUGGAUACAAUAUGAAGGCAGAUGGUCUGUGGAGCUUGUGAAUGAUCGUGGGGCACAGGUAAGCGACUUUACAUGGAGCCAUGAUGGGACUCAAGCACUUAUCUCCUAUAGAGAUGGAUUUGUGCUGGUCGGUUCAGUCAGUGGACAAAGACACUGGUCUUCAGAAAUAAACUUGGAGAGUCAGAUCACCUGUGGAAUAUGGACUCCAGAUGACCAACAGGUACUGUUUGGCACUGCUGAUGGACAGGUUAUCGUCAUGGACUGUCAUGGCCGAAUGCUGGCCCAUGUGCUCCUUCACGAGUCAGAUGGCAUCCUCAACAUGUCCUGGAACUACCCCAGCUUCCUGGUGGAGGACAGCAGCGAGAGCGACACGGACUCUGAUGACUAUUCCCCACCACAAGAUGGACCAGCUGCGUAUCCAGUCCCGGUGCAGAACACCAAGCCACUGCUUACUGUCAGCUUCACGUCAGGAGACAUCAGUUUAAUGAACAAUUAUGAUGACUUGUCUCCUACUGUCAUCCGCUCAGGGUUGAAAGAUGUGGUGGUACAGUGGUGCACACAAGGAGACCUACUUGCAGUAGCAGGCAUGGAAAAGCAAAACCAGCUGGUUGAUCUCAGCAAUGGUUCUCUGUUGAAAAGUGCACUUGUCAAGUUCUACAAUGUGCGUGGGGAACAUAUCUACACUCUGGAGACACCUGUGCAGCGUCCCAUCAUCUCCAUCUGUUGGGGUCACAGGGAUUCACGCCUGCUGAUGGCUUCCGGACCUGCAUUGUAUGUAGUCAGAGUCGAGCACAGGGUCUCCAGCCUGCAGCUGCUGUGCCAGCAGACCAUAGCUAGCUGUCUGCGGGAUGACAAGGACAUCAGCAAACUCACCUUGCCCCCUCGGCUCUGCUCGUACCUCACCACUGCCUUUAUACCAACAAUCAAGCCUCCUAUCCCAGACCCAAACAAUAUGAGAGACUUUGUCAGCUACCCAACAGCUGGUAAUGAACGGCUUCACUGCACAAUGAAGCGGACAGAAGAUGACCCAGAGGUUGGUGGUCCAUGUUAUACCCUGUACUUGGAAUACCUUGGGGGACUGGUGCCUAUCCUGAAAGGACGUCGUAUCAGCAAGUUGCGGCCGGAGUUUGUCAUCAUGGAUCCUAAAACAGAUGGAAAAGCAGAUGAAAUCUAUGGAAACAGCUUGAUUUCCACUGUGAUUGACAGCUGCAACUGCUCUGACUCCAGUGAUAUUGAACUCAGCGAUGACUGGGCAGCAAAGAAAUCUCCAAAAAUCAGUCGAGCUAGCAAAUCACCUAAACUCCCCAGAAUCAAUAUAGAAGCUCGCAAAUCUCCAAAGAUGUCCCGAGCUGCGCAGGAGAUAUCAAGAUCACCAAGGUUACCAAUAAGGAAACCCUCUAUUGGUUCACCAAGCCUGACCCGAAGAGAGUUUCCUUUAGAAGAUAUUAGCCAGCACAACUACCUUGCUCAGGUCACAUCUAAUAUCUGGGGAACCAAAUUUAAAAUUGUGGGUUUGGCUGCUUUCCUACCAACUAACCUUGGUGCAGUAAUAUAUAAAACCAGUUUGCUGCAUCUGCAGCCCAGGCAAAUGACAAUAUAUCUCCCAGAAGUGCGGAAGAUUUCAAUGGACUACAUUAACAUGCCUGUCUUUAAUCCAAAUGUUUUCAGCGAAGACGAAGAUGAUUUACCAGUGCCCGGUGCCCCUGGCGCCCCCGCCAGCAGCCCGCCGUGCACCGUCAACAUCCCCAUCGCCCCCAUCCACAGCUCCGCACAGGCCAUGUCACCUACACAGAGCAUCGGCCUGGUCCAGUCGCUGCUGGCCAACCAGAACGUGCAGCUGGAUGUGCUGGCAAACCCACCGGCGGAAGCGGGGGGUGAGGGGACGGGACCCUUCCCGGGAGCGCCAGGCCGCUUUCCCAGCCCGGGGGUGGGGGCGCUGGCUGUGGGGGAGCUGGGCCGUCCGGCCCCACCGCCACCUCCACUGGCCCCGCCGCCCCCCGCACCCCCCGCCAUCACCCUGGCUGACCUGCGGGACCACAGCGACCGGGAGCAUGAGCCCCCACCCAAGGCCAAGGCCCCACGGCCAGGGCCACAGCUGGUAGAAGGUGACGCCAUCAUCUUUGAGGCCACUCAGGAGCUGCAGCUGAACAAGAUGAACCCACCCCCACCCUACCCCGGCACCAUCCCUGCCCCACCAACUCUUCCACCCCCACCUGGCCCCCCGCAGCCACCCCUUGAUCUCUGCCUCAAAAAGGGGGAGUUCUCACUCUACCCAGCGGGGCACUACCAGACACCCCUGGGAUAUGAGCGGAUAACAACAUUCGACAGCAGUGGAAACGUGGAAGAGGUGUGCCGGCCUCGCACCAGGAUGCUCUGUGCCCAGAGCACCUACACCCUGCCGGGUCCCGGCAGCUCCGCCACCUUGCGCAUCACAGCUGCUGAGAAGAAGAUGCAGCAGCCUUGUGCCAGCGCCACCCUGAACCGGCUCACAGUCCCCCGUUACUCCAUCCCAACCGGGGACCCGCCGCCCUACCCUGACAUUGCCAGCCAGCUGUCCCAGGGCAGAAGCAUGGCACAGAGGCUGGACAGCACUAUCAUUCAUGCUACUCUGCGGAGGAACAGCAGAGAGGCAGCCCUGAAAAUGGCUCAGCUGAUGGAUGGUCAGAGAGCCACCCUGCAACUUCCCCCAAAACCCAAAAGCAGCAUUGUGACGGCACAGUACCAGCAGAGAGUACCCACCGCCUUGUACACCUGCAGCCAGUGCAGCAGUGGUGGCACUGGCAGCAGCAGCAAUGCAAGUGCUGGUGGUGCAAGCAACAUCCCUAGUGCCAGUGCUAGUAGCAGCACUUCCAGUAUUGGUGGCGUGAGACCUGAACUGAGCACAGGGAGUGGCUCCCAGCACAGCUCCGUGAUUGCUCACUCUGUCAGUACUUCGCCUCUGGCCUCCCAGUCCUCCUACAGCUUGCUGAGCCCACCUGACAAUUCCCGUGACCGAGCAGAUUAUAUCAACUCCGCCUUCACGGAGGAUGAGGCCCUUUCUCAGCACUGCCCAGUGGAGAAAUCAAUACGGCACACGCCUGUGUCCUUGACAGAGGCUACCCUUGCUGUAAAACGGCCACCACCAUACCAGUGGGACCCUAUGGUGAGUGAAGAGAUAUGGGUUCCUCAGGAAAGGACAUCUCAGAGCUCAGUGCCCAAUCCUCUAAAACCUGCUCCGCUCAUCAUUGGUCAAGCUCAACAUCUGGAUAUGUCUCGAGUGCCGUUCGUUUCCCCCAAAUCUCCAACCAGUCCCACUGCCACCUUCCAGACAAGUUACGGGGUUGGAGUACCUUACCCAGGAAGCUACAGUGCCCCUCCCCUUCAGGGAAUGCAGGCCCCCUGCUCCCCCAAAGAAGCUCUGGCCCCAACACAGUUUGCACAGCAGGAGCCCACAGUUGUCCUUCAGCCAGGUUAUCCAUCCAACCUCUCCUAUUGCCCUUUGCCACCCAUGUACCCGGGAAGUAGCACUUGCUCUAGUUUACAGCUGCCACCGAUCGCCUUGCACCCAUGGAGUUCCUAUAGCGCCUGCCCACCCAUACAGAACCCCCCAGGCACCCUGCCCCCCAAGCCGCUCCUCGUGGUGGAGAAGCCAGUGAUGUCUCCCCCACCAGCAGAGCUGCAGGGCCACGUGGGCACAGAGGUGAUGGUGGAGACGGCAGACACUUUCCAGGAGGUGCUCUCCUUGACAGAAAGCCCUGUUCCUCAAAGGACAGACAAAUUUGGCAAGAAGAGCCGGAAACGCCUGGACAGUCGAGCUGAGGAAGGAAACAUGCAGGCUAUCACCGAGGGCAAGGUCAAAAAGGAGGCAAGGACACUGACUGACUUCAAUUCACUAAUAUCCAGCCCUCGGCUGGGGAGGGAGAAGAAGAAGGUCAAGAGCCAGAAAGAUCAGCUGAAAUCCAAGAAACUAAAUAAGACAAAUGAGUUUCAGGACAGUUCAGAGAGUGAGCCAGAGCUUUUUAUCAGUGGAGAUGAACUGAUGAACCAGAGCCAGGGCAGCAAAAAGGGCUGGAAAACCAAAAGGAGUUUGAGAACAGCCAGUGAGCUGGAUGAAUUCAAGUGCCGGAAGGCCAGCGAGAAGGAGGAUGGGAGACUGGGAAGCCAGGGCUUUGUGUACGUGAUGGCCAACAAGCAGCCACUGUGGAACGAGGCGACGCAAGUCUACCAGCUGGACUUCGGAGGGCGGGUGACACAGGAGUCAGCAAAAAACUUUCAGAUUGAGCUGGAAGGACGACAGGUGAUGCAGUUUGGAAGAAUUGAUGGCAAUGCCUACAUUUUGGACUUUCAGUAUCCAUUUUCUGCAGUGCAAGCCUUUGCUGUUGCUCUGGCUAAUGUGACUCAACGUCUCAAGUGAACAAGCAGAGACUGGAGAGAGGAAAAUGUUAACCUUCUCAUAAAGUCCAAACCGGAAAAUGUCAGGGCAGCCUGCUUUAGGAGUGCAGAGAUGCCUGGGAGUGAAGAAGACAGUAAAACUGGAAAAGUAUUUUGGUGCCCGCCAGAAGGGCAUUAACUCUAAUCAGUCAUGGGGUGGAGGGGGGGGGGGGCUGUUUUCUGUUUUGUUUGUUUGUUAGCUUGUUUCGUUUCCAUUUUUUUUCUUUUUAAGUGUUGUGCUGGGUCUCAGAAAGAGCGAAGGGUUGAGAGCCAUUCCAUGUUACGUGAAGAAGUGUGGCUUUUGGCUUGUUGUGGUGGUUCUGCCGCGUGUGCUACAGUAGCUGAUGUAAGCUCAUGGGGGGAUUAAAACAGACUGCUCUUUUUGA